AGGAAGCGGCUGGGUUCUUUGACAUCGGGCAGAGAAUGGUCGUCGCUGCAGGGUUGUUGUUCCGACGGUUCGGGGCUCUGAGCGGAGCUGCGGCGGUGGGCGCAGCCGCUUACGGGGCGCACGGCUUUCGCCGUAGCGACCGGGAUGACUACUUGAAAGAGCUCUACGAAACAGCCAAUAAGUACCACUUCCUCCACAGCCUGGCCCUCUUGGCUGUGCCUCACUGCCGGUACCCCAUGAUGGCUGGGAGUGUCCUGUCUGCAGGCAUGGGCCUGUUCUCGGGGGCCUUGUAUUACCACGCGGUAACGGGAGACCCAACCUUCACCAAAGUGGCGCCGUACGGUGGGACCCUCCUCAUCCUCGGCUGGGUCGCUAUGGCCCCCUGACACCCCCCCAUCCCCAUUUGGUCCUUAGCUCCUUGCUCUGGGGGUAGCCAGGAGAUGUCCCCCUUCAGCUACAACGUCUCUCAGGGUACCAAGAAGGGUACCCGUCUUUAAACCAAACAUUCUUCCUUGCCCCUGUAACCUUGGGCAGGACUUGAUUUCCUGAAAUGCUGAAUCAAUUUCUUUUUGGAACAAAUCACUUCCCAGAAAUACAAUGGAAACGCAUUUAUGAACUGGGGAAAGUGAAGGAAUCAUGUCGAACAAAUUGUAUUGGCCUUGCUGGAAUUUAUAUGUGUGGGUUUUUUUAAAAAAAAGACUUUAAUCAGGAUUUACACUCAUUUAAUAAAGAUGAUUUCACUACUUAGAUUUA